AUGUUGACGUUUUUGCGAGAGCACAACUACAAUGUUUCGAAACACAUCACUUCUAAUCUGUUGAUGGCCGUCAUGGUCCUCUGCACAAGUGUCUUCACCUGCGGCGGAGAACUCGGAGUAUAUUUUACUCCCCGAUCCAGAAUUGACUUUUUAGAAGAGCUGAGAAGAUUGCACGCUGGAAGUCGUCUGGCUUGGGCUCUAAACUGUCCGAACUGGACAAUGGCAACAUGGAGGCAGCUGUGCGACAUUGACCAACUGAAUUCAAGGCUAUCAAGCCGCAACACAAGUCCACACCAUCUACGAUUAUCAUUAUGGGCCACGCAGAUAGAAAGAUUGCGAGCCUAG